AGUGCAGCAGGUGAUCGUAAGGCCGAGGUCCUCGGGAAGCAGGCGGCGUCUACGGUCUGGGGUGUCCGCUGCUGAGUGUCACUCCCAGCCCAGUGCAGGCGCAGGCCCAGGCAGCAGAGCAGAGUUGAAUUCAGGCUGGCGUUCGGAAGCUAACUCGGACAUGCACUCGCUACGCCUACGGCUACGGCUACGCCGCCGUUAGAAAGUCUAGCAUUGAAUGAAGGGACCUCUAUCUACGCUAGUUAAAGUUUAACAUAAAUUUUCUUAUCAGCAUUCACAACCUGCAUGGCAUAGGUUUAACCUCUGUUGAUAUAUUCAUCUACUACAUCCAAGAAAAUGCCUCCCAAAGGUCGCAAGAGAGCUUACAAAUUUCCUGAGACUCUUCCAGAGGGCGAGGUCUUGAGAGAUAUACGAAAAAAAGAAUGGAAACUUGGAAAACCCAUUGGACAAGGAGGAUUUGGAAUGAUUUACAGAGCUUCUGAGAAUACUCCUGGUAAAUCCAAAGAUGAUGGAACCUUUGUAAUUAAGAUUGAACCCCAUGAGAAUGGACCCCUUUACACAGAACUCCAUUUCUAUCAGAGAGCUGCUCAAUCAGAGGAAGUCACAAAGUGGCAGAAGCAACAGAAACUAUCUCACCUAGGUGUACCUAAGCUGUGUGGAUUUGGAAGCCAUAACUGUCAAGAAAUCAAAUACAGAUUCCUAGUGAUGCCUUUGUUUGGUGAAGAUAUAUGGAAGAAAUAUCUGGCAUGCAACAAGAAAUUCACACCAGGAGUAGUCUUUGCUUUAACAAUUCAAGUCCUGGAUGCAUUAGAAUACCUCCAUGAAAAGGAUUAUGUUCAUGCUGAUAUCAAGAGUGCCAAUCUGCUACUGGGUUACUCACAAAAAGAUAAGAAUAAGGUGUUCCUUGCUGACUAUGGUUUAGUGAACAGAUACAGGCCUGAUGGUAAACAUAGAGAGUACAAAGAAUUUCCCAAGAAAGGACACAAUGGCACUCCAGAAUUCACAAGCAUUGAUGCUCACUUAGGAGUCUCUCCAUCACGUCGUGGUGACAUACAGAUCCUUGGCUAUGUAAUGCUUCAAUGGCUAUGUACAACGUUACCAUGGGAAAACAAACUCACAGAUCUAGACUACGUCAUGAAACAAAAAAUCAAAUAUUCAAAGGAUGUUCCAGGACUACUCAAGGCUUGUUUCAGUUCUUCAUAUCCAAGUGAACUCAAGACUUUCCUGACCUAUGCCUUUCAGAUGGGAUAUGAUGAGAAACCUGAUUACAAUAAACUAAGAACACUAUGUAGAACUGUCAUCAAGCGUGAAGGAAUUAAAGAAGGAUCUGUCUUUGACUUUGGCUCUCAAUCAUCUGCUGUUCCUGCUGGAUCACCGGUCAUAUCUAAGAAGAGAAAAGCCUCCUCUAAGGAAAGAGAACCUUCUCAGGGGCGUAAGAUGUCAAAGGAUGAUGAACCAGGCCCAUCAGGAGCUGCCUCUAGAGCCCCUCCUAAGAAAAGAAGUGCAUCAGCUAAAGAAUCAGAAAAGUCUCCGACUCAGUCACCGCUCAAAAAGUCGCACCGUGUUACUUCACCCGCAGCACGAAAAAGAACAACAGCAGCUAAGAAAGCAGACCAAAAUGGCGUAUCCACUCCAAGCAGGAGAGUAAGGAAGAUAAAGACAAAGCCAGGUAAGAUGGUAGCUUCAAGUACACAAACAACUCCAGGACUUGAGAAAAGGGCAGCUAGAAGGUGAAACCAAUCCACUUGUAAGACUACACUGACAUAUAAUGUGCCUAAACAAAUGAUGUGCCCAUCUCUGCAUUUAGGAUUUUAAUCCAAUCUGAUCCAGAAGAUAUUUGAUAGAGCUCCUUUUCUAUGCAUUGACACUACUCCCAUCUCCUGUUGAAUUGGGAGGAUUACAAUGAAAAGACACUGAAUUUGACUCCUGUUAAGAGUACCCCAGUUAAGUUACCAUGUACAUAGAUAAAUAGGCCUACAGUGACAUGAAAUGGUGAGUUUGUAAAGGUAGACAACAUAGAAUAUUUUGCUGGAUAAAAUUGUCAGAUUAAAUUAGGCUUAACACAAAUUAAGGGAAUACAUUGUAGACUUAUAUUGAAACCAGAUAUUAAAAUCGUCUUGAUAACACAAAGUUAAACUGAUUAUUCAUCAUUAUAUUUAUUUGUUUUUUUAUUCAACUUGAUUGCAUCCAAACCUACUUUAGUGAUCUAAUGUCUAUAGAAACUGUAUUAUUGUUUUUUAACUUAAUGCCGUCACACAUUGGUCAAUUUGUUGAAUAAACAGGUCAAUAUAGAUCACCUGCCUAUAAUGAACAAUCAUCUUUUUUUCCCUAGAAUAAUCUCUUUACAAAGGUUUCAUUAAAGAAAAUAUUUUUUAAAGCAACAAUUUCAACAUCCUAGGGACCACUGUCUAAUCUUCUCAUGUAUUAAUCUUGAAUGUAGUAGAAUGUGUAGUUGUUGUAGCUUAUAUUAUCUGGAAUCAGAGCUCAUGUGAUUAUUGACAAAUAUAAUGCAAUGAGACUUUGAUUUUACAUUAACAAAUUUCAGAAUGAAUAAACCCUAUUCAUUGUCAUGUAGCUGUCAUAUGGCUCUUUGUUAGCUGUGUCGCUGCAAUGGUGUGGUCCAUAGCCCAUCAUUUAUGGCUUGAUGUACUAGUAUAUCAUUUCUUGGGACCACAAAAAUAUAUUCGACUUCACAGAAAUUAGAACAUGUGAAUCAAACAUGCUUUGUAUGUAUUGGUCUGAGAAAUUGUAUUGACUAGUAAUAUUUGAUUUUGAUUUAAAAUCUGGACUUGUGCAGACUUCACUGUUUAUUCUUUUAAAUGUUGCAUUUAGAUAUUAAAUUUAUGAAUAUCAUUUGAUUUUGAAAAUAGAUUUUACUCAAUAUGCCAUAUAUGAUGCAACUAAAUUAAAGCAACAGUAUAAUGUCUAGCCUGCUAUGUCGAUGGGGAUGUCAAAAAAAAAUUCUUUCCAGAUUCUGAUGUCUUAGUGGUCAGAAUCAGUUAUUCCGAUAGAUGUCGGACAAGAACACUUUUUUAGAUAAUAAGAGUAACGAAAAAAAAAUUGAUUUUCAUGUUCCCAACUUAAGUUCUAUCUGUAUUAAAGCAUUAAGCAACACUGACGUCUAUACAAAUAAUCAUUGCCAAGAGGUUUGAAUUUGAAUAUCAAUAGUAAAUGAGAAAGACAAGCUUCUGUAUUUUUAGAAUCCUCGAUUAGACAAAGGCAUAAUGAAAAUAUAUGUAGCAUAAUCAAGUUCUGAUAUGAAAUACUUGUAUAUUAUAAACUAUCAUAAAUGUACAUAAUGAACUUGUCAAAACACUCAGAUGGCAUUUUGAAGUAUUGUAAGCUGUUCAAGAAGUAUAGUCUUCUUAUUUCUACUGCAAGAUAUAUAAGUUAUUUAUUGUCUUUUGUUGAUCUGUGUUCUUAAUUAAGAGACAUGACAAAUGACCCGGUUUAGGCUCUUGUAAUUGCGUUCAAAUUAUAUUCUGAUUUUGUAGUGGCUGUUGUUUGUUCAGGGUUACAGUUGUUGGUCUCUGAACAGACUUUGUUACCUUUUAUUUGUGUGAAUGGAUAAGUAAAAACACUGCUUUCAUGCUUCACAAGAUGUUAACAAAUUAAUUUGUCUGAAAUAAAGUAAAUAAUAUUUUUAGUUUGGCAACAGUAAAAUGUUCAGAAUCUCUUUAAGAUUUUAUUUUGUAUUUUAUCAUUGAUUUCCAAUUAUUGUUAAAUUCUUGUGUCUAUUUUUCUUAAUUGCAAGUUUGUUGAAUUUAUUAAGGACUACUGAGAUGAUUUCCUCUUAUAAAAUGAUAUUAAGAAAUAUCCAUGUACCUCUAUUGUUCAAUAGAUGUGGUACAUUAUAUUUCUGAAGGGGAACUGGGUUGAUGUUAUGUUUGAAAUACAUUCCAUGGACUAUAAUUUGCUUAUUGAUUGAUAUAUUCUGAAGAAAGAAUUGUUACUUGCAUCCCCUCUCUAUGGGUUUUUUUUUUCCCCAUGUAUCUUCCUCUGUUCCUUGCCCUUACACAUGCCUGCCCCGUCUCACUCUAAGCUUUUAGCCAGCUCAUCCGGCCCGAAGGGCCAGAUGAGCUUGUGGCGUGGUGUCCGUCGUCCGUCCACAAUUUCAAAAUGUUUGUUCUUCGUCAUUUCAAGUCCGACUUCAAUUCUGUUUGCUUUAUAUGAUUGCACGAGGUUGGGGAUUCAAAACUUAUACACAGAAUUGUAAUACUUAUUAAAUAUGCGGAUUUAUGCACUUUUUCAAAAUUCACAAAAAUUCUUUUUAUUUAUUGACUGAUUUUGAUUUUUUUCUUCCAUCUGGUAGAGCUGCAUGAGGUUUACCAAACUUGUGCACAGAAUUUUGAAAUUUUGACUAGAAAAUUAUUCAUGCUAAUUCAUGCAAAAUUUAUUCAUAAUCACAAAAACUGCUUCUUCUUUAUUGGUUGACCAAUUUUGAUUCUUUUUUUCAUCCAUCUGGUAGAGCUACAUGAGGGUCACCAAAUUUCCACACAGAAUUUUUUAAUUUUGACUAGAAAAUUAUUUAUGCUAAUUUAUGCAAAAUUUAUUCAUAAAUCACAAAAAAUGUUUUUUUUUCUCUGUCAUUUGUUGAUCAAUUCCAAUUUUGUUUGCUUUAUAUGAUAGCUUGAGGUGGGGAUACAAAAUUUCAACACAGAGUUUUGACAAUCAUUAAAUAUGCUUAUUUAUGCAUAUUUUUCAAAAACUCACAAAAAAUUACUUAUUCAUUUGUUGGCUGAUUUAAUUUGUUUUGGUUCCAUCUGAGAGCUGCAUGAGGUUCACCAAGGUUCUACACAGAAUUAAAAAAAUUUGACUAGAAAAUUAUUUAUGCUAAUUUAUACAAAAUUUAUUCAUAAAUCAUAAAAAAGGCUUCUUCUAUGUUAUUUCUUAAUCAAUUUCAAUUCUGUUUCCUCAAUUUAUGUCACCAAUAUAAUUCACUACAGUGUCAACUGGGCUGAAAUUAAAAAUUGUGUUAGAUUUCAUUGCGAGAUGCCAGAUGAGCUCCACAUCAUUGAUGUGCUAGUUAUUUCUCUUGCUGUUUUCAGCCACCGCAAUUUGAUAAAUUUUUUUCUCUUGAAAAGAACGAUGAGUUCAACAAAGUUGAAUGAAGUGUACUACAAAUGAAGUGUACUUGCCAUUGUUUCCAAGAUUUUGAAAUGAAUGAAAGAUUUAUUUUAUUGGUGUUAAACAGCUUAGUAUGUAACUGGUUAUGAAAACGAUAUCAAUUUAUAGUAUUAUUUGAUAUGGAUGUAGAAUAUUUUUGGAUCAAGUUUAUGUAUGAAGUUGUGUUGUACUGUUUGAUAAUGAGAGAUAAACUGUUCUUGCACUUUUAAUGUAAAUAAAGUUUUGUAAAAGUAUA